GUAAACAAGGAGUUCUUGAAAUCUCUUCGGGGCAUUUUGAAAAUCAUAGUUCCUGGUUUUUGGACACCAGAAACCAGCUUUCUGCUACUAGUAGCUUCAUCUCUUGUUAUAAGAAGUAUGUGCGACAUUUGGAUGAUACACAAUGGGACUCUGAUUGAAAGUGCAAUCAUAUCAAAGGAUUUCAACCACUUCGUUAAGAAUCUCUCUGAAUUUGUCCUUGCUAUGCCAGCUAUAUCACUUGUGAACAAUGUCUUGAAAUUUGGGUUGAACGAGUUGAAGCUUAGGUUUAGAACUCGAUUGUCAAAUCAUCUUUAUGAAAACUACUUAAAGGGUUUCACAUACUACAAGAUGAGCAACCUGGACAACAGAAUAUCUAAUGCUGAUCAACUUCUUACUCAGGAUGUAGAAAAAUUCUGUGACUCAAUUGUAGAAUUGUAUUCCAACAUUAGUAAACCAAUCCUUGAUAUACUCAUUUAUGUACAAAAACUAACCCAGGCAAUUGGCGGACAGGCACCUGGUGUUAUGAUCCUGUAUCUCAUCUUGUCUGGCUCAGUGCUUACACAUCUUCGACGACCAAUUAGUAAGUUUACAGUUACUGAGCAACGCCUGGAAGGAGAGUUCCGUUAUGUUAACUCUCGCCUGAUUACAAACUCAGAAGAGGUUGCAUUUUACCAAGGAAAUAAACGGGAGAAGAGGAAUAUUGACUCAUCCUUUGGAAGACUGGUUCAGCAUCUUCGCAAAUUCAUUUCUUUUCGGUUCAGCAUGGGCUUCAUUGAUAACAUCAUUGCCAAAUAUUUGGCAACUUGUGUAGGAUUUACUGUUGUGGCAUAUCCUUAUCUGAGUGCAUCAAAACUUGCCAAUGCUGAGUACAAAACACGAAUGCAGGAUUAUUAUAGAAGUGGUAGAAUGUUAGUGAAACUUGCUGAAGCAAUUGGUAGACUUGUUUUAGCAGGGAGAGAAUUGACAAGACUAGCUGGGUUCACUUCUAGAGUUCAGGAGCUUAUUAGUCUGAGUGACCUGAAUGCAGGAACAUAUCAACGAACGAUGUUAGACAACAAACUCGAAAAAUGGUAAGUGCUGUGAUGUAAGCCCUUGAUUGCAAAUUCAGGCAAAGUCAUAUGCGAAGAUAAUGUUAGGUUUGAGAAGGUUCCAUUGGUUACUCCGAAUGGAGAUGUGCUGGUAAAGGAACUAAACUUCGAGGUCCAUGCUGGGCAGAAUGUUUUAGUAUGUGGGCCUAAUGGUUGUGGAAAAUCUUCACUCUUUAGGAUUCUAGGAGGGCUUUGGCCAGUAUUUGGAGGAAGUUUGACAAAGCCAAGUGCUGGUAAGCUGUUUUAUAUUCCACAAAGACCAUACAUGACUUUGGGAACUCUACGAGAUCAGGUCAUCUAUCCUGACUCUACAUCUGACAUGGCAGCAUGUGGAUUCACAGAUGAUAGUUUGAGAGAACUCCUCUCUCAUGUGCAGCUAGAGUACAUCCUUGAAAGGGAGAAAGGAUGGGAUGCAGUAGCUGACUGGAUGGAUGUACUGUCUGGUGGAGAAAAGCAGAGGAUAGCGAUGGCAAGAGUAUUUUACCAUAAACCUCAGUUUGCCAUUCUUGAUGAAUGCACCAGUGCUGUUAGUGUUGAUGUAGAAGACAAUAUGUAUCAGUAUUGCCGUGAGGUUGGAAUCACUUUGUUCACAGUAUCACACAGGAAAAGUUUAUGGAAACACCAUGAG